AUGAACGCCUUAGCCAGCAGCUCUCGCUGCGUUCGUCAAAACGCCCGUUCAUAUGCUACAAAGGCCAACAAAGUAGCGCAAACUUCCGUAUCCAAACCCUCACUCGUAGCGCACGAGGCCGCCGUCGCUUUUCUCGCCCAGCAUCAGUCCAGAUGUAUGGACAAGCUGAAACCCCUUCAGUCCGUCUCGGACCCGUCACCGGCCCAACGUCGAGCAAUAGAGGCGUACGAGAUUUCCGCUCAGGUCAAUGACCCAGACGUCCGUGCAGAGUUCAAACGGACCGAGGGAGCUGGCUCGAUGGACCGACCGGUGAUGCGACAUCUGGCGGAACGCAAGUGGAAGUUGGAGGGAGGCCUGGACUUGAUCAUGAGAAGGAUGUAUGAGAACAAGGUGGUUCCUGAUCUGCUACCCGAUCUGGCGCCCACCAAUCCAUUGACAAUCCAUCUUCCACGCAACGAGUCGUUCGAGCCCGGACUCACUCUCCUAGCGUCAACGUUUCAAUCCCCUCCCCGACUCACAUUCACCCUGUUCAAUCCACCCUCCGACACGGUAGGCAAAUAUACCCUCAUCGUCCUCGACGCCGAUCACCCCGAAACCAUUACCCACUCCUACUCCCAACGCCUACACUAUCUCAAGACCAACAUCCCCCUCAGGGUCACGGACGACCAGACCGACCUGUUCACCUCUGCCGGAGACGAAUUGCUCCCAUGGGAGCCCCUUGCCCCGCCCCGCGGCUCGUCAAGGCAUCGCUACACAUUUGUGCUCCUGAGGCAACCGGCAUCCGUCGCUAUCCAAGCGCCACCACGCCAGGGCUUCAACCUGCGUCGGUACCUCGCCGAUCGCGGCGUCUCGCCCGCCUCUGUGGUGGGCCUCAAUCUCGUCAAGUCUGAGUGGACAGCAAGCACCCAAACAUACAUUGACCAGAUCUGGCGAAAGUUCCGCGGAAAGCCGGCCCCAAUAUACUCCAACAGAAUUGCCACUAAUCCCGAGCGAUACCUUGUCCCACCAAGGUCUGCAGAGAAACGCGCCUGGGCCAUCCGGAAGAGGGCUUGGGACGAGGCGAUGGAAAAGUUUGCUCAGGUCGGUCUCGACAAACAGGUUGCCAGCGAAGCAGAGGGGGCUCUCGGUUCACCCAACGUCGCUUUGUAG